AUGAUGGCAACGACACUCAGCCCAAUGGAGCUCAUAGAUCAAGAACUCGACGCUUCAUUUUGCGGGUCGAGCCCAACAAAUUCGCCACCUCCAGAACCUCUCUCCGAUGAAGACAGAGAAAAGGCCGAAUUGCGAGCUGCACUCAAACUCGAACUCCAGGCAGAACACCACGAAGAACUCAAGGCUCUCACUCGGAAGCUAGGAGAGAUGUGUGGGAAGGUGAAAGAUGACAUAGAGAUGACGGAGAAGCUUCGGCGACAGGUGAAUGAGAGGCACCAAAGUGAUAUCGAGUAUGGUGGAGGUUGCUUUUUAGCUGGGUUGUUUCUGGGAAUGGCGAUUUGUGUUAGCUGGGAGGAGUGGUUGAGGAGGAGGUGA